AUUCGUCUCUAACCACGCCUUUCUACCACAUCCAUAAAAUGGCUGCUAGACUGAUCCUCCACAGAUCAUUUUCAAAAGACAUAUUUCGACUUAUUGCGAUUGCAGCAACUGUUUUACCAACCAGGCAAUAUUCAUCAACAUCUGUUUUACAAAGAUGUGACCUGAAAAAGCCGAUAAAGGCCAAUAAUGUUUGCAAAACUAGUACAAAAUACUGGUACUUCACUCCUUCAUUAAAGUACUCAACAGAUCAAGAUAUUGAGCUUACCUGGGUCGAUGUUGGUAGCACAGAGUUAAAAUCGAUGCUGGAUAGUGGGGAUAUUCAACUCAUUGAUGUGAGGGAGCCUCAGGAGCUAAUCGAUGAAGGGAUCAUCCAUGAAAGUGCUGUAAAUGUCCCACUCGGUGAUGUUAGUGAAGCUCUUACAAUGACUAAUGAGGAGUUCAUUGCUACAUAUGGUGCACCCAAGCCAUCGGUAGAAGACAACAAUGUUGUGUUUCAUUGCAGAUCUGGUAUUAGGAGCAGGACAGCAAUGGCUCUUGCAAAUGAAAUAGGAUUUAAAAAAGUCAGACAUUAUUAUCCUGGUCUCUUGGGCUGGAAAGAGUUUCAGGGUUCAAGUUGAAUAAUUGAAAUUAAAUUCUGUAUAAUACACAACAUAUAACAUUAUUGAUUUGAAGCAAAAGGGUUUUGAUUAUAA